GUCCCCGCUCCUCUACCCGGCCAUCUCCCCAUCCCAGCAUGUUCGCCAGCAUGAAGGGCGUCGCCGCUGCAGGGCUUGUCGCCGAACUGCUUGUCUCGUUCUUGCCGGGGGCGUACGCGCAGACGUCCGGCGUGAACCAAUGUACCAUCUACAACUGGACGGAGAAUUCCAUCGGGCAGACACCCUGCUUGGUGGCGUCCUACUUGCAGGGAGCAUGCAAUGGAGGAGAAUACAACAUCGCACCGCUGCCGGAAGACCAUCAUUACAUCGGGCCUACCCAGGCUACGGCGAAUGACUGCGAGUGCAACACUGUAGUGUACAAUCUCAUGAGCGCGUGUGGCGCGUGCCAGAACCGCACUAUCAUAACAUGGAGUACAUGGAGCAACAACUGUUCCACCGUCUAUAACACUUACCCCGAAUCCAUUCCAUCCGGUACAAAGGUUCCUGCAUGGGCGUAUCUAAACGUUUCGAAUGACUUGUGGGACUACCUGUCCGCCCAAGCUGAUCUCAGUGCUCCCGAGUCAACAGCUACCGUUCAGAAAUCGACAGGCUCGGUGGCACCUUCUACUGCCAACCCCAGCUCAACGUCUAGCUCCGUUCCUUCUGGGGGAGCUACCUCAAGCCACAACAGCAACACGGGGGCAAUUGCGGGAGGCGUCGUGGGCGGUGUUGUCGGCCUCGCCAUCAUUGGGGGUCUGAUAGCCUUCUUCGUGAUGCGCAGCAGAAGGCGAUCGCAGCCCAAAGCGGCUUCCGCCAUGUUCGAACAGCGCCCGAUGAGCGCAGCGACCACUGAGUACACGGCCGUACCGCCGUUCACGCCAUCUACGACCAAGUUCUAUGAUCCUUCUGAUCCCAGCACCUACCCGCCCACGGUCGGUUCUCCGAGCAUAACCACCGGGCAUACGUUGGGUUAUUCUCCUUCAGUGGGCCCGCAACAAGCCUACCGUCCUGGCCAGUACACAGGUACCCCCGAGCUCUAAGGGGGGCCCCCGGUACACAUAACAUACUUGCUCGCUCGGGUCUGGCUUACGGUAUCAAUGCUCCGGCGUCGUUACAUUUCGUCGCAUGCUUGUUAACGGUGAAAACGGUGUAUAUUUAUGAGGUAUAUUAGGUAGAUGAAUUCUGAAUAGUACUCUCCAUUUUUCAUGCAAACCACACUAUGUCGGCACACCAGGGGC